AUGCAUCUGAAAGUCGCGUUGGUGAUCUUUGCGAUUAUCUCGCUCGAAGUGAUGGUGAAUGCUGAUUAUAUUUGGCAUUACGACGAAAUACCAUAUAGUGGUGAUGCAAAAUGCAGAAGGGGUACUUCCUACUACAGCAACGACCUUGAAGCGAAUGACACUAAAAUUGAAAUGCCGACUGAUAUCGAAUCUCUUUUAGACUAUUCUAAUAGAGAUAUAUGCUACUAUUGCAUCUGUUCUACCAGCGGAGAAAACGCUGGCUGCAUCAGUAGGGACCCUUGGGUUUGUGAAUACUACAGAAUCAUCAGACAAGAUGGAGCAGCUAGGAAUAGAUACGCAGAAUUAUUCAAACAAGACAGACCAGCGUAUUUCCGACAGCUAUCCUAUAGGUUGAGAAGAAAUAUGGACGCGGGAAUGACAGCAUUUAUGGAUGUCGGUGGCGAUACAUUGUGCUGCAGUCAUCCCGACGGUCAUCGCCGGAAUCUACACGAGCAAGUCAGAAAUAAGAUACGACUCUUGAGGAGGAAGGUUCCGAAGGAGAACAUCAUGGGAGUGGGUGAUGAAGCCAAUGAUGGUGGUUGCGUACCCUUUGUCUCCGAAUACUCUGACUGCACAGACGCUAAUUCCUGUUCCGGAUGCAAUCGCUGUAUAUGCACAGCAGAAGGAGAAUGGCGUUGUGAGACAAUAUUCGAUUGUUCUGUUGAUGAUGGCAUGACACCAGCUGAUAGGGAGACGGUCAGCACAGCGCUCGAUAUUCUUUAUUCAGAACUCAAAAAUAAAGUUAAAAAGAAGAACCGAGAUUUCGUCCCAUCACCACCAAAACCAGACGACGAACUCAUAGGUUACUUAAUCGCUAUACCUCGAAGAAAGUUCUAA